AUGGUGUUCGUGGUCACUUUCCCUUCUUUGCCCGAUCCAACUAAGAAGGAAAGGGGUGCCGUGAAUGGUGGGUGGCGCAUCGAGAGCACUGUGAGUGUUGCUGCUUGUCCCGAUGAGAGAGCCGAGAUGGCUGCUCUGGUGAAGAAGACUGCUGUGGAUGACGGUGGCUCAAUGGAAGCCAGCGGCGACUCAGAGGCCGACAUGGAUCCCCUCACCGGCCAUGCCAUCCUAACCGUGGAGGAAGACGCAGCAGCCGAUGAAGAUGACACCGAGUCAUGCAGCCAUGACCCACAUGACAACAUCCACACCGACCCCAACAACUCCAACAAUGAUGAUGAUGAUGAUGAUGCUGAUGAUGGUGUCGAUGUUGUUAUUGAUGAUGAUGAUGAUGAUGAUGAUGCUAACAUGGAGCACGAAGGAGUGAUGACAUGGUUACCGGGGGAAGUGAGGGAAUUAGAGGAGGAAGAGGUGGUGGAUUCUGCUGAAGAGGACCGGCUAUUCUGGGAGACUUGUUUGGCUUCUGGCUAUCCUUAG